AUGGCGAUCAUCUCAGAAACACCCUCACGCAUAUGGCGCCGCAUUCAGGACGGCGAAGAGCGGGACAUGCCCUCUCUGCCCUCGCUCCCUGCAUUCGAAGAUUCGGCGAUGGUCGACCCCGACACGAGCAGCCACCACGGCGACGACUCCUCGGACAACCUCAGCAGCAUAUCGACCCCCAUAACCUCUACCCCUGCCCCGACGAACUCGCAUCAUACGGCGUCGACGAUCUAUGGCCAUUCGGCAACCGCGAGUGCGACACGGUUCGCAAACUCGAUACGCUCGAGCAAUCGGUCGAGCAGGUCUUCCCUGGCGGGGUUCAUGUCCUCGAAGAGCAUCUCAAGACUGCCCCCGCAACACGAAAGUUUCGACGUCAGCGCGAUUCCGUCGCUGCCAGCACCCGACGUGUCGGACGAAGAACUGGACGAGAGCCAAGACAGCGUCCCCAACGCGUAUCUUCCACCCCAGGACACUCAACACGAGGACGAUUACGACGACCUAUCGAUCACUGACGCGUUGCGCUCCGUGAGUCGCAGCGGCUCUCCUUCACUCUCGGCGCGCGAUUAUCGAGAUGAGGCGACGCCGAAGAAGAAGUUCUCGGAGAGCUACGUAGAAUACUCUGUAUCUCUGCGUUCAGAGCCAAAGUCUACCCCACGAAGCCACCGCUCGUCGCGUAACGCACGCUCCCCCGAAGAGUCGCCCGUUCCAGCAGCCGCGAUCCCCCUCCCACCCUCGAACAACGCGUCGCCCGCGGUUGAGCGCGAAUAUGAAGACGCGCGUUCAAGUCAAGAACCCUCUUUGCACGAGAGCGACUCGAUGGAGAUGACGGGGAUUCAUCAGUCACCGGGGCAGCCAGUUUCGGAUCAAGAAGAGGUUGACGCGUCGCAGCAAUCGCACGGGGAUCAGCCCUCGGCGUCUCAACACUCGCGCAAUAGCCAGGACUCGCACUCGCGCAUGAGUCAGGAUUCGCGCGAGCCCACCUUCUCAUCCGAAGAGGAACACGGCGAGGAUACUCAGCGCGAGAUCUCGCCCUCGCUCACGUACACCCCGACCCCGGCCUUCCCUCGACCCAGGGCACGCUUCGACUUACCGCCGCCGCCGAAUAACUUGUUGACUACACCUAAGCCGCCUCAGAGUAAUUUCCUGUCAACUCCCAAGCCCACGCAGCAAGAGUCCGAAGACGAAGAGAACCAAGCCACACCGUAUUCCCGCCGCAAGUCCUUCCUCCUCGAUGUCAUCAACUCGACGGCCCGACCUCGCAUGCGGACGAAGGGGACACCGUACCGUGCUGCUGUACCCGAGACGCCAGGAAACGACACAACCGUGUCGAAUAUGCCGGGCACGCUUCCGCGGACGAACCUGCAGGUCGCGUUCGCUGGCGUGACCCCUCGCUUCUCCAAGGCGCCUGUUGCGGGGCGCCGGAUGUCGCACCCGCUCGCGCAGACUUUCGUACCAUCACCUUCCUCGGGCGGCGACUCUGCGACCGGGUCCGAUUCCGAGGGGCAUGUCAUGACCGACUCCGAGGGCCAGGCCAUGAACGAUGGCGCGUCCUUCAUCUCCACCGCGUCCUCGCACGACCUCAUCCACAACCCGCGCGCCAACCUGUCCUUCGACCCGGCGAUGGGUUUGCAUAGCGCAGCCGAGGGGCACGCUGUCAACCGGUUCAACGCGGGCAAGCUAAACAAUUAUUUGCAUGGUUUAAACCGGCGGCUGCAAGAGGAAAACGAGGCGCUUGUGGCAAGGCUGACGAGGCUGGAGGAGGAGCGACGGGCGAGUGGGGAGGCGAGUGAUCCUGCGGCGAGCAGCGCGCUGCGUCGGUUGAGUGGUGGGUCGGGGAGCGACAGGCGGACCAGCGCGGGGAGCAGUCGUAGGAUCAGCACUGGCAGCACGCUCAGCGGAGUCCGCGAGGAUCCGGGCGCCGAGGGCUGGAUGGAAGAGAAGGCGGAGCUUGAGGAGAUCAUCGACACGUACAAGGCCGAGCGCGAGCAGGCCCUCGACGAGAAAGCCCAAGCACUUGAGGAGAAAGCGAAGGCCGAGCAGGCGCUGUCCGAAGAACGGGCGGAACGCGCGCGCGACAAGGACAAGUGGCGCGACCGGAUGUCCGAGGUGGAAAAGGGCGUCGAGGCGAUCGUGACCGACCUGGAGAACAAGGCGCGUGCGGCGGAGGCGCGGCUAAAGGACACCGAGGCGAAGCUCAAAGACACGGAAGCGGUGCACAAGCGCGCGACGAAGGAACUCGAGCGGAAGGUCCUGCAGGUGGAGAACGAGCGCGACGACGCGCUCGAUCGCGCGGAGAAGGCGGAGAGCCGCUUCGAGGACGACAAGGACUUGAGCGGCGAGCUGCGCGAGGUGAACGCCCACCUCGGCCAGGUCAGCGCGGAGCUCCGAAAUGCGAAGAUGCAAAUCAAGCAGCUCGAGGACGAAGUGCUGCUGUCGCAGGACAAGAUCGACGACCUGGAGAAGCAGCUGGAGGAGGAGAAGAACGUGAACGAGGAGCUGGAAAAUGACCUGCGGGCGCGGGAGCAGGAGCUGGCGAAGGAGCGGAAUACGACGGAGGACGUGCGAGAGGAGCUGGAGAAGGCGCAGACGAAUCUCCGGACGGCGCAGAAUGAGCUCCGACAGACGCAGAACGAGCUUCAGGUCACGAAGGAGUUCGUUGCGGAGCUUGAGGACAGCGCGGCGGCCGCGUCGGAGCGCAUCGAAACCCUCGAACACGACCUUGCGGAGGCCGAAAACCACAUUCGUGUGCUCGAGGUCGACCAGGACGCCGCAAACGACCACAUCGACCAGCUGGAGAACGACGCGCAGCGCACGGCGGGCAUGGCGCAGCAAACCGAGGAAGCCCUCGACGCCGCGGAGCAGAAGAUGCAGGAAGACGACGAAGAAAUCGCACAGCUCAAGGCCAAGGUCGCCUCCCUCGAACGCGAACUCGAGCGCGCACGCGACGCCUCGAUGAUGAACAGGAGCACGCCGCACGAUCCCACCGUCGACCGCCCGACCGAUGAAGAGGUCGAGGCGCUGGAGAACGAGCUCGACGAGGCGAACAAGGAGAUCGCGCGGCUGACGACGCUGCUGGAGCAGUCUCCCGCUCGGAAGGCGAUUGAGAAGGCGAAGGACACGCGAAUCGAGAUGCUGGAGAAGGAGAAGGAGGAGCUGCUGGAGCGGAACAGGGCGCUAAGGAUGACGGUGAACGAGAUGAAUUCCCCGAGUAAGGUGGUCAAUCAUAGUGGGAUCUCGCCUAUCGCCCGCCAUGCGAUCAAUAUGUCGAUGCGCAUGCCGAAGACGCCAGGGACGCCUUUGCGUGACAUGUCGUGGCUCAACUCGACACGCGCGGACUCUACCCAUGCGCCGCUUGUCGCCGAGAUUGAGCGCUUGCAGAAGGAGCUGGACCGCGCCAACGACAGCAUCGACGACAAGCUCGACAAGCUCGAGGACGCGGGUCUCGGUGUCGUAGGCCUGACCAAGAAGUUGGAAGAAGCCCGUGGCAGGAUACGCACUCUCGAGUCUGAGCUCAGCCGCUUGUCCCGGGUCAAGCGGUUGCAGCGCCUCCGCUGCCAGAAGUGCAAAGUCAAGGUCGACGUCUCGCACAUCAAUGCCAAUGAGAGCACCUUCGACCUCGGUAUCAGUCAGUCGUCGCUACCUAGCGAACCCCCAACGCCGCCGACCAAGACUACUAACGCACUCCGCUCCGAUGUUCGCCAGCUCAAUGAGGAGCUCGCACGCACGAAGAGGUCGUGGGACGACGAACGUCGUCGGCUCACCAACGAGAAGAACGCCCUCCAAGACGCCGCGAACAGGCUCAAUGCUCAGAUCAGGGAAGAAGCAGACCGGGCCGCCGCGGAAGCCAGGAAGGCCGCCCAGGAGGCCAUGAAGGCGGCGAACGGCGAGCGCGCGCGGACGGGCAUGCAGGGCGAGCUGGACCAGGCGAAGCUGACCAUCGCUGAGCUGGAAGGCUCACUAAAGGCGGAGCGUGCGAGACUGCGCUCGUUGAUGACGGAGCAGAGCCGUGCGGAGAGGGAGCGCGACAAUGUUGUGUCGCAACUGCAAAGGACGGAGGAGGAUAUGGAGGAUGUGCGCCAGCAGCUGAAUAGGUUCAAGAAGGAGAACCACGACUUGGAGAGGGAGUUGCGAGCAAACGCGAAUGCUGAGCAGAAGACACGUCUGCUGGAGGCCCGCGUCAGCGAGAAUGCGGCAACCAUUGAGCAGCUUAGGCAAGAACGCUCCAUGCUUGCAGCUGACCACAAGGAGCUGCAGAAACGCUUCGCUGAGACGUCCGAGCGCGCAAGCCGCCUCCACGACCAAUACCUGAAGUCGCAAACCUCCCAUGACGGUCGCCGCCACCAGCUCGACCUCCACCUCCUCGAGAUCGAGGACCUUCGUCGCGCGCUCUCCGACCAAGCCGACGAGCUGCACCGUGCGGAAGCCGAGCGCCACCGCAUCGAGGCCGAGCGCAGCGAUGUCGCCAAGACCGUCGGCGUGCUCGAGGCGGACCUCAAGCGCGUGCGCCGCGACGCGGAGGCGUUCGGGCGCGACCUGCAGGCGCUGCGCGGGGAGAAGGAGAAGCUGGAGGCGAAGCGGCGGGAGGACGAGCGCGCGCGGAAGCAGGCGCAGGCGCAGGUUCGCCUGCUGACGGAGCAGGUGGAGCGGCAUAAGGAGAGUGCGCGGAAGGCGCGGAUGGAACUGGAGGGCAGGGCGGGGGAGAUCGACGAGAUCCGGGUGCAGGCGAUCGAGAUGCGCCAUAAGGAGGAGUGCAAGGGCUUGCUGGUGCAGAUUCGCUACCUCAAGGCGAAGUUCACGCGCGAGUCGACUUUGCGCGGCGAGCUGGCGCAUCAGAAGCGGUACCUCUUAGUCUUGUUGGGCAAGUUCGAGAAGAGCGAGCGCACCAUCAUCUCCGCCAUUGCCCAGAUUGGCUUCACGGAUGCGCCACCAGAGGAGGUGAAGCGGCCGAGGGUGCAGUCGGUGAAGAGCGCCGCUCUCGCAGUGAUCUUCUUGGCUCGGGCAAGACGCGCAUCGGAAGGCUGGCGCAAGCAGCGCGCGAUGAAGACGGCGAUCCAGGAAGCGUAUCAAGAGGCAAGGCGAUCGUCCGUGCGGCAGGGUCAGAAGUCGUCUUGA